AGACCGGAUGGGCGGGGCCUGAUCUCGAGGGGAGGGGCACGCGCGGCUCCCGGCGGGCUGUGCGCGAAGUUCCGCCCCGUCUCGCUCGGGCCGGGCGGGGAAGAUGGCGGCGGGAACGGGGAAGCAUAAGCUGCUGAGCGCUGGCCCCACCGAGCCCUGGUCCAUCCGCGAGAAGCUCUGCCUCGCCUCCUCCGUCAUGCGCAGCGGAGACCAGAACUGGGUCUCAGUCAGCAGAGCCAUCAAACCCUUUGCAGAGCCAGGCCGCCCGCCUGAUUGGUUUUCCCAAAAGCAUUGUGCAUCUCAGUAUUCAGAGCUCUUGGAGACUACAGAGACCCCUAAGAGAAAGCGUGGUGAGAAAGGAGAGGUGGUGGAAACUGUGGAAGAUGUCAUUGUGCGGAAACUGACUGCAGAACGGGUUGAGGAGUUGAAGAAAAUUAUUAAAGAGACACAGGAGAAAUACAGGCAACUCAAGAAGGAUGCAGAGCUGAUCCAGGCUGGACACAUGGACAACAGACUGGAGGAGCUGUGCAAUGAGAUUAUGAUAAAGAAGAAGCUGGAGGAGGAGGAGGCAGAAGUCAAGAGGAAGGCUACAGAUGCUGCUUAUCAAGCUCGUCUGGCCAUUAAGAAUCCGCCACGCAGGUUAACGGGUGUGAUGGUUCGCUCCCCUGCAGGUUCAACCUCUCCAGGGGGAGACUAUGCUCUGGGAGAUCUGUCUCAGCCUGCUGUGGAUGAGGCCAGCCCAGGGGUCACUCCAGGGACAUUGCCCAGCACCCCAGUUGCCUCCUUCAUUGGAAUCCCUGACACCCCUCCAGGCUCUGCUCCCCUGGAUGCCCCCAUGACCCCAGUCACUGAUGAUUCACCCCAGAAAAAGAUGCUAGGACAAAAAGCAACUCCGCCUCCUUCCCCUCUGCUCUCAGAGCUGCUGAAGAAGGGCAGUCUCCUGCCCACAAGCCCCAGGCUGGUUGGUGAAAAUGAGAUGGCAGUGGCUUCUGGUCACAUGAACAGCUCAGGAGUCCUGCUGGAGGUAGGAAGUGUCCUUCCAGUGCUGCACAGUGGGGAAAUGCAGUCAGCACCUGGUGCUGUUCCUGCAUCUCCUGCUGCUUCAGGUGCUCCUACGCUUUCCCGGCUUUUAGAAGCUGGUCCUGCGCAGUUCACCUCACCUCUUGCUUCCUUCUCCGCUGUUGCCAGCGAACCUCCAGCUAAGCUCCUGCCACCCCCUGUAGAGCCUGUGUCGCAGGCAACCAUUGUCAUGAUGCCCACGCUGUCAGCACCAUCCGUUGUGCCACCAGCUGCAGCUCCAGAAAGCGUAGUCACAGUGAGCCAGCCAGAAGCCUGUGUUUCCAUGGAAGCAGUGUCUGAUUCCCAUACAGUGACAGUAUCCAUGGACAGCAGUGAAAUAUCCAUGAUCAUUGAUUCAAUCAAGAAAGAGUGCCUGGGUUCUGGAGCUGGCAGUACUGCGGGGUCUUCCAAAGAUCACUGCAUUGAUGGGAAAGAAGACCUGGAUUUGGCUGAGAAGAUGGAUAUUGCAGUGUCCUAUACAGGCGAAGAGCUGGACUUUGAUACUGUUGGAAAUAUUAUAGCCAUCAUUGAAGACAAGGUAGACGACAACCCUGAAGUUCUGGAUGCGGCAGUUGUGGAAGCUGCUCUGUCCUCUUUCUGUGAAGAUACUGAUGACCCUCAGGCUUUGCCUGGCCCAUGGGAACACCCAAUUCAUCAGGAACAUGAGAAACAGGCCCAGAUACCCCAAGUGUCUGUGACUGUGAAGCAGGAGAGACUGGAGUGUGAGGAGCCAGAGGCAAAGGGAAUUCGAGAGCUAAUGGGCAUCGGAGAGCUGGGAUCAGAAAUAAAGACAGAACCUGCAGAGCAAGAGCAGAAUCAGCUGGGCGCUGAAGAAACCAUGUCAGCAACGACGAGAGUAACAGAAACGCCAGAGCUUAGGAGUCAAGAGAUUGAGGAGGAUCAAAGAGCAGCUGUGGCAGCAGGAGAGAGCUCUGAAAUUGAAAUAGAAUCGACCAAGGGAGAAGACACAAUGCACAAUACGGUGAAGACUGAGACCCCACCUGAUGAUGAUUCAUCCCCUCCACAAGUCCCAAAUGUGAGUGAAGACUCCUCACAGGCUGAUGUUCAGCACAAAUUUGAGCUGUCAGACUCAAUGAAGGAGGAAGCCCAAGCCCUCUUUAGGAGUCAGAUGAAGGAUGGGCAGGGUGAAGAGGACGAUGAGGAUGGUGCCAGUGAGGCUGCCAGUUUGGAGGAGCCCAAAGAAGAAGAUCAAGGUGAGGGAUAUCUGUCAGAGAUGGAUAACGAACCCCCUGUGAGUGAGAGCGACGAUGGCUUCAGUGUCCACAACGCACCAUUACAGUCUCACACACUAGCUGACUCCAUCCCCAGCAGCCCAGCCUCCUCGCAGUUCUCAGUGUGCAGUGAGGAUCAGGAAGCAAUACAGGCUCAGAAGAUCUGGAAGAAAGCCAUCAUGCUGGUUUGGAGAGCAGCAGCUAAUCACAGGUAUGCCAACGUCUUCCUGCAGCCUGUGACUGACGAUAUAGCACCGGGCUACCACAGCAUUGUGCAGAGGCCAAUGGAUUUAUCUACCAUCAAGAAGAACAUCGAGAACGGGCUGAUACGAACCACAGCUGAGUUCCAGCGUGAUAUUAUGCUGAUGUUUCAAAAUGCAGUUAUGUACAAUAGCUCUGACCAUGAUGUGUACCAUAUGGCUGUGGAGAUGCAGCGAGAUGUCCUGGAGCAGAUCCAGCAAUUUCUGGCUACACAACUGAUCAUGCAAACAUCAGAGUCGGGGAUCAGCGCAAAGAGCCUGCGUGGGCGCGACUCCACUCGCAAGCAAGAUGCUUCAGAGAAGGACAGUGUCCCAAUGGGCUCUCCUGCCUUCCUUCUCUCUCUCUUUACAGAGGAGUACUCCAGGAGAGUCAGCAUGUCAGCCAGAGGGAGAGGGCAGCGGAUCAAAGGAAGCUCUCAGCUCGCCUUCUGCUCAUGGAAAGGAGCUGUACGGAGAAGCUAGGGAGCUAGUGCCAGGGUCACUCAACUGGAGGAGCACUUCCUGUAGGGAUCAGCAGCUGAUAAGGUAGGUUAGUCAGCAAUUUUUUCUUUCCAUCUUAAGAGCCAAGCUAGAAUCUAUCACUUUGGAGAAAGCCUGCACGCUGCAGGCUCCAAAAACAUCUGUCUGGGUGAGAACCUUUUUGCCCAUCUCUGUCCUGGCCACUGCUAAUGCGCAGAGAUGCUGCAAAUCCCAGCACCCGUGCUGUAUCCAGAAUGAAUUCUAGGUAGGUCUGCAAGCAGGCCUCCCCAGGCCUUCUUAGCAGAGCUUCCCUUUUUCUCCUGUUUGGAAGGCAUGAAAAGUUGUUGCCAGAUGCACAAUUUCUUACCUCCGUACGCUGGAGGAAAUGUUUUGUGUCUAAGGUUGCAUAACUGGUUUCUGCUAAUGCCAGUCUUUUUGUUUGCCUUGUGACUUAGGAUGGAGGCACCAGAGGGCGUCGCUGUGCCAUUGAGGCAGACAUGAAGAUGAAGAAAUGACGCCAGAGAAAGAGGGGAAAACCCAGCACCUAACAUCCAGAGCUGGAGUGCAAGCAAGAUGCUGUUAAAGCUGUAGAGGCAGAAGAGCUGCAGGUCCAUUUCUGGGACCUGUUCCACCUUCUUGGCUUGAGUCUGGGAAGCGACAUCUCAUCAGAAUGUGUUACCCAAAGAAACUUCCUUGGAGGGGAAGACUGGCCCCCCUGCCUGUUCUAGGGCAGUCGUCUUGGGCUUCAUCAGUGUUCUGGUGUUAGCUAGCAACUGGUGGCUCGUAUGUACUGUAAUGUGAAGUGUACAGAUUUCUACUAGUGAUGUGUAAAUGUGUAUGUAUAUUAAAGCCUGGGGAAAAAAAAAAUAUCCAGUAUACAGUGUUCAGUUUUCUGAGCAUCACAGCUCCCUUCGAUGGGGAGCCCUGCUUUUGUACAAAUGUGCGUACAGACCUCGAGUUCCUGCAAAUGCAGCUCUCUUCUAGUUACCCUUUAAAAGCUCUGCAGUGCUUUGGUGUUAGAGGCAGUACAUUAAUAAUUAGAAUGCUGCGUGGUCUUUGGAUGGAGGGGAAGGUUUGCUGCCUGGGUGUAAGGAUAUGGCACUCUUGUUAUGAAAUGGGACAUCUGACCAUGGAAAGUGGAAAUGCUGCAAUCUCACUGGCGCUUUCCUUAAGACACCAGUAUAUUGAAUGCCAUGUUAUUUGCCUAGAAAUUUGAAAAGAGUGUAUGAGUUGUGGUGAAAAUCUGUUUCUCACAGCUGGAGGCAUGCCUGUAUCUGGUUUCACAGCAGAAACUUUUAACUGGUUUUUUUUUCAGCUGGUUAUUACAGUUCUUAGCAGCAUAGAUGACUGAGUUUAAACUCCUGACUCCUGAUUUUCUGCUAACUUUUAUGCAAUUUGUUGCCCGUUUACAUUUACAGGAGAAAAGAACACAAAAAAUCUCACGGUCCUGAUGUUUGCAGCAGCUCCAGGAGGUGUCUGUACGUGUGUGUGUUUGCAUGUGUGCAGGACUCAGCUUUCUGUCACACAAGUUGCAGGAAGCAGUCAUUACAGUUAAUGUAGAGGGAUUGUUACCUUAACUAAUGAGAGGUUUUGACUUUCCCAAGUUUUGUGUUGAAGUUUGUUGUGCCUGCUGUGUUGUGUGCCAUGCUUGAUUAAUGUAAGGUGUAUUUCCACCAAGGGUCGCUUUGUACUUGGUGCUAGAAAUGUGCAGUCCUUUACUUACUGAUUCAUUGUCCCUCACUGCUGAACUUGGGAACAGAUUCCUCAUUCAAAUUUUUAUGGCCUCCAUCUCUAGAGAUUCUCAUGGCACAAAAAGUCCGAGGGUUCUUUUACUUUUUGGUAUUUUGUGGAAUAAUGUAAGCUGGAAAAGAUUUCUGAGGAUCAUUUAGUCCAACCUGCUGCUCAGAGCAGGGCCUGCUUGAAAGCUAGAGCAGAUUGCUCGGAGCCUUGUCAAGUUCUGAAGAUCUGCAAGGAUGCAGAUUUCAUCAUCUUUUUGGACAGCUUGUUUCAGUGCUUACCCACCCCCAUGGAGUAAACAUAGGCUGAAUUUCCCUGAUGCAGCUUGUCAUCACUGCCUCCUCUCUUUUCGACACUGGCCGCUGAGAAGAGUCUGGCUCUGUCUCUGUAGCACCUCUGCCUCUGUUUGUUUGUGUUGGGCAAUGGAAAUUCCAGCACGUGGGAGGCCUGCUGUCAUGCCCACUGGUAACUUGCUUUCAUUGUGGAAAGUUGGUCUUCAUUCUUCCUUUCUUCCUUUAACCAUUAGAGGAUUUUCCUACUCAAAGAACCCGUGACAUUCUAAUAGCCUGUAAUGAUGUUGUUUAAUAACUUCAAAAAUCUAAAAUGCAGCUUUCCCCUCUGUAGCCCUGCUGCCUCUUUCCCAAUUCGCCUUCUCAUGCUCUGACUCCUCAUUUCGUACUUUGCAAUGUUUUGUACUAAUCUAAACCCAAAGCCCAUGCUGCAUCUCCCUAAUCCACCUUCCUGCAGACAGAAAUAACAACUGCUCUUUUGUUCUUCUAGUGCUAUGGCGAAUUCAAACUGCAAGCUACAAUGUAUAGGUUUGGUCACAUUAUAUUUAAGCUUCUUAGGGGCUCACGAGUCCAAGCCAUUCUGUGGCUCACUCCCUCCCUCCAACUGUUCUAAAACCUCCCUAUUGACAUUUUAAUUAGAAAUAGUCUCUAUCUCAAGAGAAAGUCUCUCUGCGACUUCUGUGAUCUCCUCUGUGGCAACUGCUGAUAAUUACGUUUAAUGCAGGUUUUCCACCUGACCCUGUUUUCCCACUGAGGUGUUUGGCACUGAUGGUGCGUCACCCCCACUGAUCAUCUGGCAGCUUUCUGCCUCUGAUGUUUGUUGCUGUUGUUUGCUUUUAUGUCUUCAGCAAAUUGUUGUCUUUUUUUCUUUCUUUUUUCAUUUGCUGGAGAGCAGGCUUUUAUCAUUUUCCUUGUUUUGACAUGUAAAUCCCUUUCAAAGUCCAUCCUCUUUAAAACUAACAGCUUUUCCUUACAUCAGCAGGCGUUGCGCAGUGUCUGAUCUCUGCAAAGUGAACUCAAACUUUCCCGUUUGAUAACGAUUCCCUGUUGGCAACUUAUGUAAAGUCCGCAAGGCAGUCCUUAAUUAGAGGUUGAAUUCCCUAUCUUUCAUCCCUUAUUUUUGUACCAAACUGGUGUGGGACUAAGCAGGCUGUAAUUACUUCACUCAUCCCGCUUGUCUCGCACUAAUGCUGCUGUUCUGCUCUCCGGCAUCUUGAGUCUUCCAAGAUUUAGUGGAGCUGAACAUAAGGCCGAAGAUGUUUUUAAUCAGUGCUUAUGCCCAAGUUACCCAGGCUUCCUGGUUUUAGAUGGUUAUCCCUCUGGACUGGAGUACAGAAAGAUGAUCACAAGCGAUUGGAUUACCCUAGCCUAAGGCUUUUCUGUUCCUUGGCAGAGCUGUGGUGACUGGUUAUGCGUGUGCAGCCUGCUCUGCCCAUGGUGCAGUGCUUUGGGCACUGGUAGUCGUCAGAUGAAAUCACAGUUUGCCCAACUCCUUUAGCUGGAAGCUGAGAGCAGGUAAUGUUAUCUCCUGCCUCAUCAAAUGUUAUCUGCUCCUGCUGAAGUCAACUUUGAAAUAGGUUUCGGAAGGGAGGCCAGUGAGAUCCCAGCUCUCACUGUAAGUGCAUAAAAGAAAAACAAAUAUGCUCAUCCCAAACCCGUUGGAUUCUUUAUUUCUCCCAGUUAUGCACCGUAGGCUGCAUUUGCUGCUGUGGUAGCAGUCUUGAGAAUGCAAAAGGAAGUCAGUGAGAAAUGUGCUUGUUCAAAACCCUGGAAAGAUUAGGUUGUACAUAAUUAACUGAAAACUCUAAAGAGGUUGCUAAUGAAUGUGUAGAAUUCUCUGUGGCUUUCUCAUCCAGGUAGCUGAGUUCACUGGCAAGAUACAGAUUUCUCUAAGAGCCGUUUACUGUUGUGAGGGUGAUUCUGCAGGUUCCCCUGCAGAGAAGAGACUGCAGAGAAAUCAUGUUGGACUCAUACUCUGGAAGAGGCUUAGGCAUGGAUUAAUGAGUGGAGAUGAAAGGAAUGGUUUCUUCCAUCUUACAAGAAUGCUAACUUUAUGAAACGUGCAGAACUGAUCCGUCAGUGGAUGAGUGUGUUUGGUUCCAGUUCUGGCUCAGGUACACCAGUGCUGUUAAAUCACAUCCGUUGUUUUCAACACAAAGGUUCUGUAGUGUUUGCAAUAAGUUGUUUCCAACGUAAGAAGUUCUUACGGUACAGCGAGGGAACUUCCAGUGAGUGGCUGAGCCUUGGAGUCACCGCUGGCUCACAGCUGUCAGCAGCAAUGACUUGGUUUUGAACUUGCUGCUGCCUGUCAUCGGUGCCUAAACGUGUAGCAUCAGACAAAGCCAAAUGCUCCAAAGUAGCUCAGCAUCCCCUGAGCACCAGCCAGGGGAGAGCACAGCAAAAGCACUGGAAAACCAUAAUUCGCUUGCUCUGAAAUGUCAGUUUGUGUUGCAGAGCUACAGCCCUGCCGUGUGCUGUUAAGUGUGGGCUUAGGAGAAGGCUGCUUGCCUCACAAAGUUCUUGCUAUGUUUUGGCUCUCUGAGUAAGUCAGGAAAUGAACUGGGCUUUGUAGUUCUGGAUCAGGGUACAAAGAAAUU